GAUAACACAUCUUCCUCAGCGGUCGCUUGUUGCAGAGUCGAACCUUAAGCAAGGGAAUUUCCCGCACAGAUGCUGAGAUGGACGGAGCAGGAAAGAGUUCCUUGAUUUGGAUCGUCUUCGUUUUUUGCUUCCUACCCGCCUUAGGACAUACACUUUCAGUUCCGGAAAGGGGCAACAAUGGACUUUCAACGUGCCUUCCUGACCAGUUUCAGUGCUUGAAUAACAAAUGUGUUACAAAAAGCUCUUUCUGUAAUAAUAAUGACGAAUGCGGAGACUGGUCUGAUGAAAAAUACUGCGCUUUUCAGGGUACAUGUCCGCCACAUUGGGUGCGUUGUUGGCAGACGUGCAUUCCACUUUAUUUUAUAUGUGAUGAAACUAGGCAGUGUCAUAACGAAGAAGAUGAAAACUCAUGUCACGAUAACAUACUUGAGAACCAGUUUUUCAAGCAUUUGAAACCCAGCUUGUCAAACUGGUUUCAAAGAAGAAGGAAAAAUGGAACCACGAGCAACAAGUGGGGACACGAAUUACACAGAACGGCUGUGGCACUUUACUUAUCAGAUCCGUCUUUCUUCGCUCCAGGAAAUACCACCGGCCAGGAGAUGGCCUACGAGCUCAUUAUUCAGUUGCUCUCCAAGUUCUCUCAGAACAAAACCUUGUCUUCCGAAGAUCUAGCAUUGUACAUCAACGCCUUGCUGGUUACUUGCAUCGACCCCAAAGAUUUCCAUGGACAUGACCUGGUAUCUGACCUGCGAAAGAGAGUGGAAGAGAAAAAACACGCCAAUCCAAUUGAAAUCAUUGCUCUUUGUAAUGCCGGAGACACUAUGACUACCAAAGAUGUGGAAAGAAUUUCUAUGGCUUAUAACUCUCAGCAUAGACCAUUCUGGAUAGAUAUCCAAGCUCUCUCUGCCCUGGCCAUGGUGUGUCUUUCUCGACAGCCUACCCUUACCGUGGACCAAAGGAAUCUGCGCGAUAUGGUUUCAGAACUAAAAAAGCGGCAGCACUUAAAUGGAACAGUUGAGAACUUGAAAACUACCGCUGUCGUACUACAAGUGUUGACUGCUACCAAUAGUUCCCGUUCAGAUUUCGAUUACGAAGCAGCCGUAAAAGCGAUUUUACAGCAACAAAAAAGUGAUGGAUCUUUCCCAACUUUCCUGGAAUCUUAUUAUAUCCUGCCGGCCCUGAGCAACAACAGUCUCGUCGGACUCAAUACCAGUCACUGUCAGAACUCAGAAAUGACAGAGCAAGAAGCUUUGAAGAAAUUCCGGAGCCAAGGUGGUAAGCGGAUCCAGGUGCAGUACUCCGUUUUCGUCGGGCAAGAUGUGGACUUCGCUCGCACGUGGAAACUCAAAGUUCCUCUUGGAAGUACUCUGUAUAAUGUAAUGGAAACUAUACAGAAACUGGAUCCAAGAUUUAGGGUAGAGUACAAUGUGUUCGAUGGGAAGCCUUACCCCAACGCGAUGUUCAACCUGGAAGAUGAUCCAGAGAGCGGUUUAUACUGGUUCGUCUACAAAAGAAGUUCAAGAUCAAAUGAUCCGCAACUUUUGGAAGCUAGUCCCGUGGAUAUUAAAAUUCGAGAAAACGAAGAACUGAUCCUUUGGUACAAAUAUGAAGAUUGGGAUGAUCGUGAAACUACUCAGAGUGUGACGCCUGCAACUGAACCUCCAACCAGCACAGCAACCACUUCAAGUCCAUUUACUGAUGCUACUGUCGAUUACAUCACUGAUGCCUCGCUUAUUCAAUGAAUCUAUACAUUUCUUCUAAAAAUAUGUAUGCUUCAAGAACUGAAUAGCUUUUACACAACGCAUCAAUAAAAUAUACAUCUAUAACGCACUGUAAAUCUUGAAUGCUUUUUGAACAUGAACCGUUAUUAAAUAAUUAAUUUAUUACA